AUGUAUCCACAACAAUUUCCUGCAAGUGCACCAUCACCACCACCACCAUAUCCGAGUCAAGAUGGUGUUAAUUCAUUUCAACAAAAUGCUCCUGUUGAUAGUGAAGAACGUUUAAGAAAAUUUCAAUAUUUAGUUAAUCGAUAUGAAAUUAAUCGAGAGUUUGCAACAAGAUUAAGAGCAUUAGAAGGAUAUGAAAUCGUAUUUAUUGUUGAUGAUUCUGGAUCGAUGAAUACACCGUUAGGUGACAUUACUGGUCCAUAUGAUCGUAAUCCUACACGAUGGGAUGAACUUCGACAAACAGUUUCAAUUGUAGUUGAUAUUGCUUCUGUUUUUGAUCCAGAUGGAAUCGAUAUCUUCUUUUUAAAUCGUGAACCAAUGCGUCAUGUGAAAACUUCUGAACAAUUAAUUCCUACAUUUGCUGUUCCACCAGCAGGUCCAACACCGAUUCUUCGUGUACUUCGACAUGUUUUACGAGAAAAACAACUUGAAAUACAAGAACGUAAAUUAUUAAUUUUAAUUGCUACUGAUGGUGUACCAACAAAUGAAACUGGACAACAAGAUACAAAAUCAUUAGAACAUGCACUUCGUCAUGAACGAAAUCCAAUUAAUCGUAUUCCAGUAACGAUUAUUGCUUGUACAGAUGAUAAUGAAUGUAUUGGAUAUCUGAAUAGUUGGGAUAAAAAAAUACCAAAUCUUGAUGUUGCCGAUGAUUAUAAGUCUGAAAGACAAGAAAUUCAUAAAGUUCAAGGAAAAAAUUUUCCAUUUAGUUUUGGUGAUUAUGUUGUUAAAGUAUUGAUGGGUGCUGUUGAUGAUUGGUUUGAUACACUUGAUGAACAUCGUGUAACUGGCAGUGGUCCUUCAGGCCGACGAACGAGUAAAAACAAACAGAAGCAUUUAUGUUCUAUCUUGUAA